AUGGCGACCUCCACCGAGCAGUAUCGUCAAUACCCACCAGCGCCGGCGGAUUAUCCGGCGCAAGAACAUUAUCAGCAGCAACAAUAUCAAGCAACGGUUCCAGCCUCGCCGCGCAAAACUACACAGAACCCGCCCGCUCACAGCAGAACCUUCAGCUUUCAUUCUCAAAAAUCGCAUAAGAGCUCUGGCAGCAAAGAUUUACACGAAACUCACGCCGAGAAGGAAGCGAAGCGUUUACAUAGCACAGCGGAUCCCACCUUUGCAUUGAACGAAGCAGAACCUUCUGCGGAAGCCGCCAUGAUGACCGAGUCGAAUUUCGCUCCGUUGCGAUCUAUACAACACAAAGACCCAUAUGGCAAUUCCAUCGAGGAUCCCGACAAAUCGAAUCCGACACGAAACAGAUGGGAGCGUCCACUCGACACUAUUCGAAGUUUCGAGGCUGCGAUCGACGGAGGAUACUCUCGCAAGUCUCUCUAUCGAGCUGGUAUGUAUUCGCAAGCCAACUGGAACAGACGCAACAGCUCGUUUAGUAACCAGCCACGAUUCCCUCGCGAUAGCUACUAUGGUAGCCGCCCAGUGUCUCUAAGGCCAGAGGGCAACCAGUACGACACAGGGUCCCGAAGCAACUAUUUCGAUGGCCAAGCUUACAGCAACGGUUAUGGCACUGGUCCAUCGCGGCAACGGAUGUCUAGAAUGCAAUCAGAGCCGCAGUACCAGAAUGGUCACGACCAAAACAUAUAUCCCCUGCCCAACAAGGAUCGAUCUUACGAGACCGUAACUUCUGCUGCAGGAAGCGGCAAUUCAGAUCACGCAGGUUAUCAGACAGAUCCCACGAGCAGUGACAACAGCUCGAUUGAUCGGACUAUGCCGGCUAAGCGCCGCGAGCCAUUCAACGAGUAUGCGUCAAGUUCCUCCCAAUACCAGCCAACAAAUCAGUCACGCCCCUGGCCUACUCCUGGCAUGAAUGGUAAUGCCAGUUAUCCUCAGAUGCCACCGCCUUCCCAUGCGCAAUCAGCUCCGAGUCAUGACCAGGCUCCGGUUCCACCUCAGAAGCAGAAGAACACUCUUUUGAGGAGAACAUCUACACAGCAAUCAGCACAACACCCCCAACCAACAGCUGGCGAGGAUAAGCGCAAGAGUUGGUUUUCUCGUAGGUUCAGCAAAAACUCUUGA